AUGGAGCUUGUUAGUGAAAUCAAGGAAGAGAACCUGAUCAAGACCAGACAAAGCCUGGCUUGGUAUGUCACUGGGAAGAGGAAGGCGGGAUGGAUGUGGAUGCUGGUGGGGCAGGUGAGGGAGAUGGAAGGCGUCCAGGAAAAGGUGGCUGCAGCUGCUGCUGCUGCCGCCGCCGCCGGCAGAGCAGCUCCCUUCCCAAAUGCACAGUCAUACACUGGGACGGUUUUCUUCUGGUUCCCCAAGGACUCCUUGGACACAGAAAAGGCCAUCAGCGGGGAAGAGGAGUGCUGGACCCAGCAGGCUCUGAGCCGAGGAGAGCAGAGCCACCGGCCCGUCGCCCACGCCCCGCUGCCUGCAAACGGCAAGGCCCGCCUUCCUUCCCUGCCUCCACGGGGGCAGCAAGGGCCAGGCACGGGCACUUCUCCGAUCCCGAUCCCCGCAGAGUCGGGAGCGCAGCAGUUGGCGGCGGCGCCCAGGAGACCUGCUGCCGGACUCGGCGUGGCGGAACUGGCAAGCGCUCUGCACGCGCUCCGGAGCCCCUCCGCUGGCAUCCCACUGCCCGGGGCUGGACGUGCCCUCCUGCCCGCCCGCUCGGGGCAAGCCAAGGAGGCGGCGGCGCGCUCGGCUGCACCGCCGGGGAGAGGCGCGUGCCCGCUCACACGGGCGCCUCCAGGCCGCGCGGGGCAGGGAUCUGGGCCGGCAGGCGGGCCGGCGGCGGCUGCUCCUCCUCCUGGAGGGCGGGCGAGGGCGGGCGCAGGGCUCCUCCUCCGGCCGGGAGCGGGGGCAUCUGGAGGCGGCCGCCGCGGAGGAGGAGACGGACGGCGAGGGAGCGAGAGGCGAGGAUGCGGCGGGCGCCUCGGCAGCAGCAGCAGCGGCAGCAGCACCAGUAGCCGCCGCGGCCGGCAGCCAGGCGCCAUGGGCUCCGACCGGAGCAAGGCGCCGCCGCCGCCGCCGCCCAAAGCGACGGGCGAAGCAGCAGCGGCGGGGAGCGGGGCGGAGGGCUGCGCGUGCGGGCGGCGGGGCUGGGGCGUGUGGCGGGCGCUGCUGGGCUUCUUCGCGCUCUCGCUGGCGCUGCACCUCCUCACGCUCGGCUGCUACCUGGAGCUGCGCUCCGAGCUGCGCCGCCCCGCCCAGCCGCCGCCCGCCCGCCGCUGCUGCAGCCCGGCCCCCGCGGCCGCGCCGCCUCCGGCGCCCCCGCAGCAGCGCGUCGGCCGCCAACAGGUGGCCUUGUUGAACUUCUUCUCCCCUGAAGACAGGCUGCAUGCUGGAGAAGGAAGCCGCCGGGUCCGCCGAAACAAAAGGAGCAAAACCAGUGAAGGGUCAGAGGGCACAAGUCCAACUAAAAAGAAAAAAGGCGGCAAAAAAGUGGGCCCUCCAGGACCCAGCGGGCCCCCAGGGCCACCCGGACCACCAGGCCCCCCUGGCCCCCCUGGACCUCAAGGACCCCCAGGGAUCCCAGGGAUUCCUGGCAUUCCCGGUACCACAGUGAUGGGGCCCCCCGGCCCCCCUGGACCUCCUGGCCCCCAGGGACCACCUGGCCUGCAGGGCCCAUCUGGUACCACAGAUAAAGCAGGACCCAGAGAUGCCCAACCAGCUGUGGUUCAUCUCCAAGGACAAGGGUCAGCCAUUCAAGUCAAGAAUGGUGGAGUGCUCAAUGACUGGUCGCGCAUCGCGAUGAACCCCAGAGUGUUCAAGCUGCACACGCGCAGUGGAGAGCUGGAGGUACUGGUGGACGGCACCUACUUCGUCUAUAGUCAGGUAGAAGUGUAUUACAUCAACUUCACGGACUUUGCCAGCUAUGAGGUGGUGGUGGAUGAGAAGCCCUUCCUGCAGUGCACACGCAGCAUUGAGACGGGCAAGACCAACUUCAACACCUGCUACACGGCUGGGGUCUGUCUCCUCAAGGCCAGGCAGAAGAUCGCCGUGAAGAUGGUCCAUGCUGACAUCUCCAUCAACAUGAGCAGGCAUACCACCUUCUUUGGAGCCAUCCGACUAGGAGAUGCGCCCGCGUCCUAAAAAAACUUGGAGGAGACACCCAGAACUGCACAGGGCUUCUGCUCCAGAGGGUUGCCCGUGGCUGUGUGGCCCAGCCACCAAGAGAACUGAUCAGUGAGAGAUUUAUGUAAAUGCAGGAAGGGAGAGGAAGGUCUCCUACAGUUUGUACAGGAGUCAUGUGGGGAAAGAUGGAUGCUGGAGCAGGCGGGGACACUCCUCCAGGGGCCUCCUUCCUUGUUUCACACAUGGCAGCACUGACACCUGUUCUGCAGCUCACACUUGAGACUUGUGGUGAUUGUUUCCUGCUUCUGUGUGGCACGAGCAGGAAUGUCCUGUAGCAGGAGAGGACAGAAGAGAUGCCUCUGGGCAGCUGAGCUCUUCUGGGCAUGCCAGUUGAAGUGGGCGGGGGGGGGACGCGGUGUCGAGGCUUCUCUGCUGAGGGGCUGCCCCCUGUGGGUGGAGGAGCACAAGAGGAGGGGUGGUGAUGGGGCCCGUUCUGCAGACAGGAGGGAUAAGUGGGUCAAGGUUUCUGAAGCAGGCCGUGGAGGCUGGGGACAGCAGAAGGGCGCUGACCUUUGGCCACAGAAUAAAUUGCUCUCCAGUAACCUAAUUCUUUAACAAGCGAAUGUGAAGUGGUGGCAAGGCUGGACAAUCCUGUGCCUCAGCAGCUUCAUGCCCAGAUCACUCUGGAGGUCUUUCUUGUAGCAAAGAGUCUUGCUGGUGAGGGAGCUUCACUGCAGGGGGCCUGCCUCCGCCCCGUUCAGUGCAGCUCUGCCCAGGUUCAAAAUGCUUUGGGGAGCUUCUUCCCAAGGGCGGGUGUGCCGUGACCACCUUUCCUGGGCCUCUUCCAUGUUGCAGCUGUUCCGUCUUCUAAGGACACCUUUGCUGUCUCCCUUCUGGGCUUGGACAGGUGGCCUGUCAGCAUGGCUGGAGGAGGUUCCUUUGAGCUGCUGGCGCUGCUUCCUUGUCAUGGGCAAGCUGAGUUGUGGGUUAGAGCUUGACGUGGGCUUUGCUUCCAUGUCUGGCAUGAUGCCAGGCUUUGGAAAGCGGUGAAAGAGACCUGAAUUGAAGUCCUGGUCAAGGGGUGUCCAAAAUGAACCUCUCUCUUUCCAUUUAGACCAUCCCUAGGGGAAAUUACCUGUACAGGUGAAUUCCAACCAAGCUUAAAAUAAGUAAGCCAUAGAAUCAUACAGUGGGAAGGGGGCGGUCUGGUCCCCUGCUGAGAGCAGGAGUCUGUUGCUGCAUCCCUGCCAGAAACCUCCAGCACAGCAGAGCCUUCCUCUGUCUGGAAGAGAGCUGCUGAGGCAGGGAGCUUGCCAUCCAAGGAGGCUUUGAUUGCUUUGGGUGGUUGACCCGAGUGCCUUCCUGGCAUGGCAAAGCAGGUCCUCUGGCGGGACUCGGAGAGUGGUGUGUGCUGGCCGUCUUGGCGGGAAGGCAGACCUCUCUUCUCCCCCAGCAAGAGGAAGGGUGCGUGCUCAAGUGUGCCCGUGGUGGGACAGCAGUGCAAGGUGAGGCCUGUCCUGGGAAUGUGUGUCCGGCCGGAGACCCGCCACCCCACUCAGAGAGGCCUCCGUUCUGAACUGGCCAGGAAGCCCCUGGGACCGCCAGCUCCUGGCACAAAGGGGUGUGGAGGAGGCACCUGCCCUCUGAGGGCUCCUUGUCCUGAGCUGAGCCGGAGGUGAGACAGGAGGCCUCAUGUGGGAGGGAUGGGAUGCAGACAGCAGGGAGGCUCUGUUAGGCUGCUGUGCCCAAAGGCCUUGACUCGGCUGUCUUGUCUUGGGCAUGUUUCCCAGUGAGAAGGUGCAGAAAUGUAGCCGGAGGAUUUGCCAGGAGCGCCUUGCCUCCAUUUGUGGCUUAUCCACAGCCUGUCAAGGAAGUUGGCAGACUAGCCAGCGCCCCUCGUUUCCUGCGCUCUCUUCUGAGAACACGCCCCGAAAGAGCCGCCCGGCUACCCUGACACCUGCAAACGGCACUCCACCUGGUGUGGAGCGGGCUUCUUGUGUGGGUUGCCCAAGCAUGCAUCUUCUGGGGAGUCUUCUGUUGGGUUGCAGACUGCCCAGCUCUGCGGGUUUCCCUCCUCCUGACAGUUCUGGCAACAGGCUUCAUUAUGGCUGGCCUGGAGCGCUGAGUGGCCCGAGAGCUGCCGGCACAAGACCAACAGCCCGUCUGCCGAGGGCGUGAGAGCCGGAGCUCAGCGGCCGGCUGCUGCUGCUGCUGCUCUGUUGGUCUGCACCUUUUCCUCUCAACAUUAUCUGUAUAUAACAUAUACAUAGUGUAUAUAAACUGGGAUGUAAGUUUACGUAAAUUGUCAGUGUUUCUUUGCAAAUAAAACACUGCUGACCCA